AUGAAAAGGACAGAUGGAAAACGGCAUUCUAGGCAUUUUUUUUUAAAACGUUCACACUCAUAUAACUCGAUUUUACAACCUAUAUCAAUGGCCCAAACAUCUGUUUUUAAUCCGCCAUUAUAUGGACAUCCACCUGGAGCAUUGGUACCGUUGUCAUUUACGAGUCUUUUUAGGACAUCUUCUAUACAAUUAUCAAUAACACCUGAAUCUUCAGAUAAUGAAAGUCUGAAUAGGAUUCAAGGCAAUGGUUUUAUAAAAAAAUAUCCAUUGAUAUCAAAAGUCCCUACUUAUGAAUAUUAUGGAUUUGUAUUAUAUUUGGGAAGCAGUAUAGUUUUUGGCAUUUAUAUCAUUUGGAGUUAUUUCCCUAUAUCCUUGCUUGAUGUUAUGGGAAUUACAUAUUACCCAGAAAGAUGGUGGUCUUUGGCAUUACCUUCUUAUUUUAUAAUCACUCUUAUUUAUAUUUAUUUCGCUUUAUUAAGUUAUAAUAUUAAAGUAUUGACACCAAAACUCAAUCAAAUGGAAUGUAUAACAGAUUCAUAUGCAAAGGUUUCAAGUACAGUCGAUAUAAAAUCAAGUACUGAUGCUGUUAUUGAUUUACCUAUUGGAAAAGUUUCUUCUUUGUUAUAUGGCGAUUCUGGUCUAUUUGAAUAA